GCAGCGUAUUCUUUUCGCGCACUUCGGUUGUCUGCAGUGAUGCAUCGUCCUAGUUCGUCCUCAGUUCUCGUCGCUGUAGGUCAACUAACGUCAACAGGCGACGUCGACGCUAACUUUGAUGUUUGCAAAGAACUCGUUGAACGUGCUAAGGCCAGGCAAGCAGAGGAAAGCUGCACGUUUUUGUAUUUCUUCUUGUCGUGCGCGUAGGUUGACAGUUUGGUGCUGUUCAGAUGGUUUUUCUUCCAGAGUCGUUUGACUACAUUGCAGCGAACAGUGAUGUAGCAUCUAGGCUUGCUGAGCCUUUGGAAGGACCUAGAAUGACACGUUACCGUCACCUUGCUAAAGACAAUGAUAUCUGGUUGUCUCUAGGAGGAUUUCAUGAGAAGGGCCCGCCUGAUGACUCACAGCGACUUUACAUAAGUCACGUGAUCGUUGAUAAUGCAGGCACUAUUGUGGCAACUUAUCGAAAGUCUCACUUGUUUGAGGGAAAGAUCAAGAAUAAUUUCAAUGUGAAGGAAUGCGACUGGGUCAUUCCAGGGAAGCAGAUAGUAGAGCCCAUCGAGACACCAGCUGGAAGAGUGGGGCUGGAAAUUUGUUAUGACAUACGGUUUCCAGAAAUGUCGUUGUUGCUUGCUGGACUAGGAGCAGACAUACUGACGUUUCCUUCUGCAUUUACUGUACCGACUGGUUUGGCACACUGGAAGGUACUUUUGCGAGCAAGAGCCAUUGAAACGCAGUGUUAUGUCAUUGCAGCGGCUCAAACUGGAAAGCACAAUGAAAUCAGACAGACGUUUGGUCAUGCAAUGGUCGUGGAUCCUUGGGGUGCUAUUGUUGCUCAAUGUCAUGAAGGAACAGAUCUCUGUCUGGCUCAGAUUGAUCAUAAAUAUAUUGCAGAAGUGCGGCAGCAGAUUCCCGUCCACCGAACUCGCCGGCACGAUCUUUACUCAGAAAUCAAAAAAUGCAAUUGUGUCUCAUAA